AUGUGUCGGUCAUUUCGCCCCACUGCAAAAGCCAUUUCGUCCCAUUUCGUUAAACUUAUUCGCAUGGUUCUGUUAAAAUAGGCAGCUGAGCUUGCAUAUUAUAUUGUUCUAAUAACAUAUGGCUCUUUUAGUAGUAUUUGACGUUAAUAGCUACUUGUUUCAUCGGUGAUCAAUUCAUCUUUUGGGCUUGGGACAAUUUGACUGUUCGGACCUAACUGGGGCGAAUUGACUUUCUGUAGGACGAAAUGGUCUUGGGGCGAAAUGACCUGUCCCCUUCCUCACGUAGAAGUAACUGCCGGUGCAUGUUCAUCAUUAGAUGUGUAGAGAUUAGUCUGUGUCAUGUGACUGUGUCACAGAUCACUUGACAGGACAAUGGCAGGACAACUUGCUGGAUGGUUUUUUGUUUACAUUACUUUCUUGUUUUCAUUUGUGUCCCAGAUUAAAUGCUGCGGACCAGCAAUACACACGGAAAUAAGUCACCGCGCACAAGACUACUUUCACUCAAAAUAUGCAGAAAAUUUGAAGAUUCAAGAGCUGCUUCUUAAACACCAGGAUGCCCUCCAGGCAGGAAGUCCCUAUCCUGAUGCUUAUUACCCAGAUAUUUGUGCAAAUGGAAAGUACCAUGACAUAGCAGAAGACACACACUGGACACCAUUUAUGAAUGCUACCAUCAAUUAUAUCCGCUCCAAGUACCCGCCUCCUUGGGAUCUGGCAACAGAGAAGCUUGUUGUGUUUCUUCUGGGUGUGGUUUCACAUCAAGUUGCAGACGUUCUGUGGCACAGUCUAGGCAUCCAGCAAGGAUUCUUGCAAGCUAUGGCUGCUCUCAACUUCCAUGGCAUUUUUGAUGCAGCCCAUUCUGUUGGUGACUAUGGUGGUGAUGUCCUAGCACAGUUUGAGUUUGAUAUGACAUACAUGCCAUAUUUCACAGAAUGGUAUGUUCCUGUGGAUGAUUUGUUUGCUAUCUACAUAGAACUGUAUGGAACCACACGCCUGCCACGUGAUGUUAUUGUGUCCUGUACAGCAGAGUUAUAUGCUGAAAGGUUGGGUGAAAAGCUUGCUAUGGCUAAGCUGUACCCAUAUAUUGCUGUAAAGUCUCCAUUUAUGCUGUCUCAACUGAGUGAUUACUUCUUGGGUGGGAUAGAUGACAUGUCAGUGUGGACAGAAAACACAUGGCAGAAGGUUGCUUACAUGUUGGAGGCUGGCACAGGGGUAUGUUACCUUAACACUAAUCCCGUCUUCAUCAACUGUGACUCCAGUUUUCUCCAUGAAAAACAACUCAGCAUAAAACCAGAAAUAAAGACCUAUUCCCUGAAAAGGAGGCACAAAAGUGUGGAAAGUGAUGAUGUCAUCAUCAAGAAGCACCUACGUGGGAUCUUACUAUCCCCUGCACCUACACUGACAAUGGCACUGCAAGAGGAAAAGAAGCAAAAAAUAUCAAAAGCUAAGAUGCAAAAGUCACUAACCACACCAACCCAGCGUAGUCCAGAUGCACUGUACACCAUUAACAGCACAUACGCUAAACUUGGCUGGUCUAUUGCUGUGGGUGACUUAGAUGUUGAUGGCAAUGACGAUGUCAUAAUAGGAGCACCAGGGUGCAACAGCAGCAGUGGUGUGCAAAAUGGUGCUGUCUUUAUUGUUUUUGGAAGUGAUAAAGGUCUUCCAUCUACUAACCUUGACUUGAACUACUAUGCUGAUAUAGUACUUUCUGGUCCAGCAAACGCUCACGGACGGUUUGGAGCAUCACUGGUAGUGCUAGACAUUAAUCAGGAUGGCCACCUUGACAUUGCUGUAGGAGCUCCCAGUGUGGGAUCUGAUCUGCUGACAUAUUCUGGAGCCGUGUUGGUGUACUAUGGGAAUGGACAAAGAACAUUUGUGCACAACAUGACAGUAUGGUGUGAGGAGAAGUUCUGUACACUUGGUACAUCUUUAAGCACUUUGGAUUUUAAUGGGGAUGGCUAUCCUGAUCUUCUAGUAAGCUCUUCAUUCUCAGGACACAAGGGAGACCAGCGAGGAUUAGUAGCAGUGCUUCUUUCUAAUAAGAAGUACAUAGGAUACUUUGCAAAUAUCAGCAUUGAGCAAGCAUUUUGGCUUCAGACAGGAAGUCAGAAUUACAGCUGGUUUGGCCAUGAUGUCUCCGGUUAUGAAGGCACAGAUGGUGUAAAGUGGCUGUUAGUGACAGAGCCAGGCCUUCGUCACUGCAUUCUGACUAACUGCAGCUUUACAAACAAUGACACCCAGAGUCUUGGUCAAGUCAAUGUGUUUACAGUCAGAAAUGGCCAGGUACCAACACUUGUCACCCAGAUGAGAGGAGAACAAGAAAUGGAUUCCAUGGGAACCUCAAUAGCCAUUGGAAAACCUUAUCCUGAUGGAGGGAUCAUUAUGGCAGCUGGAGCUGUUGGCAGAGAUGUGCUGGGAUCUGUGGACAACGUACCUUGGACUUUCACACAGGCAGGGGUUGUGCAGCUCUUCAACCUUUCUGAUGGCGCUCAUCUUAUUACAACAUUCAGCGGAGAUCGCCGAUCCAGCAACUUUGGUGGCAAAGUUAUGUUUGCUGACGUGAAUGAUGAUGGCUAUGAUGACCUCCUUUUGGGAGCCCCAUUCAGGACUGAAGACAUCACAGAAGAAAUUCAUGCAGGUGAAGAAGGAGGAGUUUAUAUAUUCCUUGGUGGAAAAACAUUUCCUCGGGGAAACAAUGCCACUUUUCACUGUCUUCCAUCUUCUCUGGUAAAGCCAUGUCCAGCUCAAAGUGCAUCCAUAGAACUUACCUUUGGAGAGGACAGAGCAAGACUAGGAUCUCAGUUUGCUGUUGUCAAGAGUAAAACACAGUUGCAGGUCUUAGUCACAGCACUACACAGUUCCAGGGGUGCCAGACUUUCAGGAACUGUGGCUGUUUAUUCCUUUCCUCAUCAUUAAUCAAAUGUGCAAUAAUCAAAAUCUGCAUGGCCUUCUGACAAAGAAACUGGUCACUAAAAAUAUGCAUGGAACAGUGGAUUUGUCAAGGCUGCAUGAAAAAACAAAACAAAACAAAACAAUCCACACACACAUACUUUACGACCCACAAGUAGCAGUGCUGUCAAAACUGUAGUUGUGAUUGAAAAUUUCAUCCAAAAACAUCAAAGGUGCCUUGGAAACCUCACUGCAAAUAAGGUAUUUUUAGUUUUCAUGAUGUGUUUAUCAUGUUUUGUUGGGGUGCAGUAUUUAAUGGACACCAUCCAGGUACUCAGCUGGAGAAGUAUUCAAGCUGAAGCACAAUAUUAACAGAAUGGAUAUUUUUAUGUGCCAUAUGGUUUAAAUGUUUUGAAUAGGAAAGGUAGUUAAAGGAAAUAAGGAGAAAACAAGGAAAAGGAAAAAAAAAGCAAGAGAAGUAAUGUGACUUAAAUUGUAGUAAGAGGAUCUCGGGGAAAGACAAAGGAUGUGUGUAGUGACAUAAAUUUGUGAGACAUCUGUUUUUGUUUUUUUUUAAAUUGUCUGUGAUACUAUAUAAAUGUAAAUAAAGUCAUAUUUUGAUUUUG